UGCUACCGAAUCACACACAAUGUUGGGUGAAAACGUGGAUGGCCUGGGCCCCACCCUAAAAAUCUCAGAGUCCGAAUACCUAGGGGUGUGGCUCCGAAGACCGCUUUCCACUAGUGCGCCAGGUGGCUCCGUCUUUGGCGCGCAAGUUUGAGAGCCGUGGGUCCCCGCCCUCCGCCGAGGUGGGCGGGGCGUAGCGGAGCCCCACGCUCAGACCGCCUACGCAGGCUGGGGCCGGAGGCACGCAACCCUGAGGCAGCGAGUCGCCAAGUCUCGUGUGCGCCCCGCAACGCGGGAACUAGGCGAACCUUCCACGCUCCUCCCCUCCUUUCUCCUCCCGCAGCGUCCUGCGCGCAUGCGCUUCGCGGCUUCUCUCGCCGCCUCGCCCCCAGCUGUCCUGGUUACAGUUGGUGUUUGCGAAUUCUCUGCGGCGCCUUCUCCGCCAAACUCCAGCGGCGGUUCCAUACGCGCGCGCCCGCGUCACGUGGGCCGAGAUUUCCCUCGCGGCUGCUGGCAGGCGGGUGAGCCCGGAGAAAGGAGCCGCGGCCACUGCUCGCCCUACCUCUGCGCCCCGGGGCGGGCGCGCCGGUAAAAAUGGCGAAAUGGGGGUAGUCGGCGCUGGACCUGAAGCGAUGGGGCACGCAGGUGGGGCUGUUGUCGGAGCCCCCUGACGUGGGCGCCGGGCUUCUCUAGGUGAUUUGAUCUGGCGACCUCGGGCCGGCGCCUGAGGUCAGACUACGGAGCCCGCGGGUCGCCAACGGCCUCGCCGAGAGCCGGAGGCAAUGGAUGAACAGAGCGUGGAGAGCAUUGCUGAGGUUUUCCGAUGUUUCAUUUGUAUGGAGAAAUUGCGGGAUGCACGCCUGUGUCCUCAUUGCUCCAAGCUGUGUUGUUUCAGCUGUAUUAGGCGCUGGCUGACAGAGCAGAGAGCUCAAUGUCCUCAUUGCCGUGCUCCACUCCAGCUACGAGAACUAGUAAAUUGUCGUUGGGCAGAAGAAGUAACACAACAGCUUGAUACUCUUCAACUCUGCAGUCUCACCAAACAUGAAGAAAAUGAAAAGGACAAAUGUGAAAAUCACCAUGAAAAACUUAGUGUAUUUUGCUGGACUUGUAAGAAGUGUAUCUGCCAUCAGUGUGCACUUUGGGGAGGAAUGCAUGGCGGACAUACCUUUAAACCUUUGGCAGAAAUUUAUGAGCAACAUGUCACUAAAGUGAAUGAAGAGGUAGCCAAACUUCGUCGGCGUCUCAUGGAACUGAUCAGCUUAGUUCAAGAAGUGGAAAGGAACGUAGAAGCUGUAAGAAAUGCAAAAGAUGAGCGUGUUCGGGAAAUUAGGAAUGCAGUGGAGAUGAUGAUUGCACGGUUAGACACACAGCUGAAGAAUAAACUUAUAACACUGAUGGGUCAGAAGACAUCUCUAACCCAAGAAACAGAACUUUUGGAAUCCUUACUUCAGGAGGUGGAGCACCAGUUGCGGUCUUGUAGUAAGAGUGAGUUGAUAUCUAAGAGCUCAGAGAUCCUUAUGAUGUUUCAGCAAGUUCAUCGGAAGCCCAUGGCAUCUUUUGUUACCACUCCUGUUCCACCAGACUUUACCAGUGAAUUAGUGCCAUCUUAUGAUUCAGCUACUUUUGUUUUAGAGAAUUUCAGCACUUUGCGUCAGAGAGCAGAUCCUGUUUACAGUCCACCUCUUCAAGUUUCAGGACUUUGCUGGAGAUUAAAAGUUUACCCAGAUGGAAAUGGAGUUGUGCGAGGUUACUACUUAUCUGUGUUUCUGGAACUCUCAGCUGGCUUGCCUGAAACUUCUAAAUAUGAAUAUCGUGUAGAGAUGGUUCACCAGUCCUGUAAUGAUCCUACAAAAAAUAUCAUUCGAGAGUUUGCAUCUGACUUUGAAGUUGGAGAAUGCUGGGGCUAUAAUAGAUUUUUCCGUUUGGACUUACUUGCAAAUGAAGGAUACUUGAAUCCACAAAAUGAUACCGUGAUUUUAAGGUUUCAGGUACGUUCACCAACUUUCUUUCAAAAAUCCCGGGACCAGCAUUGGUACAUUACUCAGUUGGAAGCUGCACAGACUAGUUAUAUCCAACAAAUAAACAACCUUAAAGAGAGACUUACUAUUGAGCUAUCUCGAACUCAGAAGUCAAGAGAUUUGUCACCACCAGAUAACCAUCUUAGCCCCCAAAAUGAUGAUGUUCCGGAGACACGAGCUAAGAAGUCUGCGUGCUCUGACAUGCUUCUUGAGGGUGGUCCUACUACAGCUUCUAUAAGAGAGGCCAAAGAGGAUGAAGAAGAGGAGGAGAAGAUUCAGAAUGAAGAUUAUCAUGUAAUAAUGAGGCCAGUUUUAGAUUUUUGUAGGUCUGGAGAAAAUGAUGUGGAAUAUAACAACAUGGAAUUAGAAGAGGGAGAACUCAUGGAAGAUGCAGCUGCAGGACCUGCAGGUAGUAACCAUGGCUAUGUGGGUUCCAGUAGUAGAAUAUCAAGAAGAACACAUUUAUGCUCUGCUGCUACCAGUAGUUUACUAGACAUUGAUCCAUUAAUUUUAAUACAUUUGUUGGACCUUAAGGACCGGAGCAGUAUAGAAAAUUUGUGGGGCUUACAACCUCGCCCACCUGCUUCACUUCUGCAGCCCACAGCAUCAUAUUCUCGAAAAGAUAAAGACCAAAGGAAGCAGCAGGCAAUGUGGCGAGUGCCCUCUGAUUUAAAGAUGUUAAAAAGACUCAAAACUCAAAUGGCCGAAGUUCGAUGUAUGAAAACUGAUGUAAAGAAUACACUUUCAGAAAUAAAAAGCAGCAUUGCCGCUUCUGGAGACAUGCAGACAAGCCUUUUUUCUGCUGACCAGGCAGCUCUGGCUGCAUGUGGAACUGAAAACUCUGGCAGAUUACAGGAUUUGGGAAUGGAACUCCUGGCAAAGUCAUCAGUUGCCAGUUGUUACAUACGAAACUCCACAAAUAAGAAGAGUAAUUCGCCCAAGCCAGCUCGAUCCAGUGUAGCAGGUAGUCUAUCACUUCGAAGAGCAGUGGACCCUGGAGAGAGUAGUCGUUCAAAGGGAGACUGUCAGACUCUGUCUGAAGGCUCCCCAGGAAGCUCUCAGUCUGGGAGCAGGCACAGUUCUCCCCGAGCCUUGAUACAUGGCAGUAUUGGUGAUAUUCUGCCAAAAACUGAAGACCGGCAGUGUAAAGCUUUGGAUUCAGAUGCUGUUGUGGUUGCAGUUUUCAGUGGCUUGCCUGCUGUUGAGAAAAGGAGAAAAAUGGUCACCUUGGGGGCUAAUGCUAAAGGAGGUCAUCUGGAAGGACUGCAGAUGACUGAUUCGGAAAAUAAUUCUGAAACUGGAGAGUUACAGCCUGUACUACCUGAAGGAGCUUCAGCUGCCCCUGAAGAAGGAAUGAGUAGCGACAGUGACAUUGAAUGUGACACUGAGAAUGAGGAGCAGGAAGAGCACACCAGCGUGGGCGGGUUUCACGACUCUUUCAUGGCCAUGACACAGCCCCCGGAUGAAGAUACACAUUCCAGUUUUCCUGAUGGUGAACAAAUAGGCCCUGAAGAUCUCAGCUUCAAUCCAGAUGAAAACAGUGGAAGGUAAUUGCCAAAUCAAGAGAACUGACUUGCAGGCUACCUUGACCCUGAAUUUUGCUGUAGUUGGUGCUCAAAUUUGUCAUCAGUCAGAUAAUCAGAUUUGGUCUUAUUUUUUCAUUAUCUCGACCUGAAAUAGUAAUUUGGAAACUGUUGGAAGGUGGCACAGUUUAGUCUAAGACAGCAGUAGCACAUGGCAAAAACAGUAUGGGAAGAGUUCUUUGUAAUGUGAGGAAAUAGCAAUGUAGUUCUCUAUUAAUUUAGCAAAUUUGUACGUUCACAAAAGGCAGUUUGUCUAUUACAGCAGAAGGCUGAUUAACUGCCAGAAAAUGUACCUCUAGGCCCUGCAUGCCGUCAGUAACCUGCCUGGCAUUGGUGCUCUUCUGUCUUUGGCUAGAGCUUAGUUGUGUUUAAAUAAUCACCUUUAUAUUUGGGGUUUUAAUUACAGUUUAAUUACAGUUUCAUUAGUUCCUGUAGAUUAGUGAACAGAACAGUUGCUUAUGAAGAGAUUCUGCCCUGUAGACACUUUAUGUGAAUAACUGAAGUAACACUAGACUGAAUCUCCUUUUUGGAGUGUGUAUCUUCUCUCACUUGUUCAGGCACAGGCACACUGUUUAAUGGCAUGGAAUCUUUCUGUUGUGUGACUUCUGCACAUGUAAUUUUAAAUGAAUUAAGUUCACCUGGAUUCGUUAACGUUCCUGGACCUGUAGACACAUGUAAGAUUAUUUAAAAUCCUUUCAUUUUUUCUGCCUCUUACCAUACGACUAUAGUGCAGCAAAUAUUUUAAAGCCCCCUUCUUUAUUUUCAUUAGUUGUACAUUGAUUUCAGUGUCAGCACCUUUAAAGACUCAUUCAUGUUGCACAGUGGCUUACAUGAAUGUGAAACUGUGGUAUAAGGUUUUCUUUCAUACUCAUAAUUAGCCCAAAACAGUUGCCACACUUUGCCAUUGUGCUCCUGCAUUUGUGUUUGAGUUGCUAUAUAUUUGUGAAAAUUACACUGAAAGUUGACUAAGAGACUAUUGAAAAAGCAUGAAUAAUUAAAUAUACAUGUGGGCAACAUCUCAUCUGCUGUAUUUUACUUAGUGAAUAUUGUUCACUAUUCCGUGUCUUAUGUCUUGCUGAAUGCUGUGACUCACAGUUUACUUUUGUUCAAAAUAGUUUGCACUUUUUGUUAAUAAAAUCAACUUGAGAAAAUA